CACCCCUGUUCAGAAUAUCCAGAAGGGUAAUGGGCAAGUUGCCAUGAGUAGACCGAGUUCCAUUGUUGUUUCCCGAGCAUUAGUUUUGAAUCAAUUGCCAUGGAUUGCGGGUUUUGUGCGAAUCCAGGCCAAUUCACGUGCUCCAGAUGCCACAUGGUUCGUUAUUGCUCCAAAGAGCACCAGAAGAAGCAUUGGAAAGAACACAAGACAUCGUGCAAAUGCUAUCGAGUCGAAGAAAACGAGGUGUAUGGGAGGUUUCUAACCGCUCAACCAGGUCUCCCUGGGCAGAGUCCGCCCCCGGUGAUUAAGGCGGGCCAACGGAUCCUCCAGUCCAGUCCGGUCUUGGUGGGACCCCGACUCGAGUGUCCGUCUCCGGUUUGCCUCAGUUGCCUCAAGGCCUUGGUGUCGGAUGGUCGAGGUCGACGAGCUGGUCUUGGGGGCUUAACCCAAGCCAUGAAGACAAAGGAGGAAUCUGUCAAUUGUAAAUCUUGUCAGUUUGCUUUCUGCUCCCAGGAAUGCAUUCAACAGCCAUCUCAUGCCACCAAGGAAUGUAAAAUCAUCGCUCAAUUAACAAGGCUUUGUAGAAGAGCGACGUCGGACGUUGGGCCACCUCCAUCUCCUCGUUCUCGACCAUGUGUUGGCUCCUUGGUCGGGAGUGGCGGAGAAUCUCCUCAGGAGGAGGAGCAGGAGGAGGAAGAAGAAAAAGAAGAAGAUGACGAAGACGACGAGGAUGAUGAUGAUGAUGAUGAUGAUGAUGGCAAUGGUAAUGGCGGUAACAGCACAUUCCAGGCUGACUGCCGCUCUCUGGGCUAUGAAGCCAUUCUGCCACUCCGCCUUCUGAUGGCCUGGGAUGAGAAAAAAUUCCUGACAUUAUUGAAGCUGGAAUCUCACGUUACAGCACUUGAGAAUCAGACAACACGAUGGAAUGCCAUUCGAACAAAGGUCAUAGAGGUGUUACGACAGCAAUGGGAAGAAUCGUUGGUUGAACAGGCCUGUGGGUUAAUUCUCACCAAUACAUUCGAGGUGAUGAUCAGCCCGCAAGAGGCGCCUCUCCUCGGGAUAUAUGAGGAGCCCUCGCUCAUGAACCACGAUUGUGUCGGGAAUACACGCCUUGUCAUGUCCUCCGAUCUCAAAUUGACCGUUUAUGCCAGCAUUGACAUUAAGGCCGGGAUGCCCAUCCUAUUUAAUUACGUCCGACCUUUGGAUUCCAUAGUGGCUCGACAAAAGUACCUGAACCGGAAUAAGUUUUUUCAAUGCACUUGUGCCCGAUGUCAUGACCCGACGGACUUGACGACCUUUGUUAGUUCCCUCCGGUGUCCAAGCUGCAAUGGACCAGUAGUGGCCCAAGACCUUCAUAGCUUGGCCGGAGACUGGUCUUGCCUCAAAUGUCAGGUCAUGAUGAAACCGAAGCAAGUGAUGGGCUCAUUACAGAGGCUGGAGGAGAUCCAGAACAAGGUGGAAACGGCCAACUCCGAGAAGGCCCUAAACCAGUAUCUAAAGGAGACCAAGAUGGUGGCAUUUGACACUCACGGGUUGGUUUGCGAUAUUCUCCAGAAGCUGAUCCGAAUCAUGAGUCCACAAGCAACUCAUGGCCCUCAUGUUGAGGCUGUCUUGGGGCAAAAAGUUCAAUACUGUGCAAUUGUGUUGAGAGUCCUGGACAAACUCGAACCUGGAUUGAGUCUUGGACGAGGUAAUCCCCAUCUUUCUAAUUACCAAAUAUUCGAACCUGGGCCAGACGAUGUAUGUGACCUUCUACGUUUUCUCCUGCUUCUUCUAGGCAUUGUGCUCUACGAAAUGCAGUCCACACUCGUCCAAAUCGCCAAUGUAGAGUUCGAAAAAGAUCAAACCAGGGUGACUGAAUUGAUGGCUUCGUUGGUGAAGGCCAAAGAGAUGUUGGUGACUGCCGACCAAUGUCUGGCCCUGGAGCCACCUCAAUCUCCCAUCCGACUCCAAUUUGGCCACAUUCAAGGAGAUGUCCAAGAGUUGGACAAUUACAUAGAGAUGGUUAAGUACCUUUGAACGGUUUGGACUAUUCCCAGUCUUGAGGACAGCCUCAACCCCAAAAUGAAUGCAGAGGGUUGCUUCUCUUUCUAUUCAUUCCACUUUUUGCAUCGUUCCGACUUCUGAAGGUUGAAAGUGGAAAUAAAAAUCAAAGCUCCCAAAGAAUGUCUUCCUUCAUCUUCAAUCUCCUUCUCCUCCUCCUCCUCCACCUUCGCCGCCACCACCACCACCAGCCCUAGCACCAAUAUCUCCUUUCCUUCCCCCUCCUUCUCUGCAGAGUACUCAAACAACAACCACAAUUCUUUUCCGUUGGUCUUGAGGGUCGAUCGGCGAAUUCCAUGUCUAUGGCAGAGGUCUGAUAGGAGAUAGUCACAUUCCUGGCAUUCCUCAGCCAUUUUACUCUGUAAUUAUGAGUGGCGUCAACUCGGCAAUCGUGACAGGAGAUUCGACAGCUACCAGGACGGCUACCGCCUCGAAAAGAAAUGACGUCCAUCCACUGAGUUGAAUAAGUUAAUCGAUUCCGCCAACCUCAUCAAGAUGACAUGGACUUGAGAGUUCUAUUGGUAUGGCCAUGGGGACACAUCCUUGACGUUGUAAUUGGGCCCAAGUGGUUAGAGGGCCUAGGGAGAACGGGAUCCAAAGGGCAGACAAUAUCUCAGUGGUUAGAUGUCAAAAGGUGUUUGCAUGCUGUGAGAACCUACAGAGAGCUCUUGCUUAAGGCAAACAAUCAACGCCAAUUGGUUCCUGGGGUAAUUAUUAUCAUUAAAAUGAAAGAAGUUGAACUUCUCUCACGCGGAUGGAUCGAGCCCCGACGUCGUUUGGAAUGUCCGUCGUCGCUUUCAAGUGGUCGAGUGACGAAGGCUCCUGACUCAUGAUGGUUUAGUGGUGGUUAUGAUGGCAGUGGUGGCAAUAGAAAUAGUAGUAGGGAUAAUGAAAGACCUACUACUACUACUAACAAUAGUAGUAGUAGUAGUAGUAGUAGUAGUUGUAGUAGUAGUGGUAGCACACAGAACUAGUGCCACCACUAGGCUCAGUAAUCUAGUGGUCGACGUCGUAAUAAUGAUGAGGGUUGAUGAAUGAAGGGAUCUCCAACUCAUAAUCAUGGAUUAUCAGGAUUCGCUCGCUGGUCAGAUCAGCCCGGGAGUUUUUCCAACAGAAGGGCGGACGUAUUUGGGACAUUGGUUGGCGUGAAGUGGCUGCUCUGCUCGGGCGAAUCAGGCCAAUUUGAAUUGGCUAUUUUGAAAUGCAGUCAUUCUUUGUAAAUGAAUUCUUGGCUCCAGAGAUCUCCGAAAAGGCCAAGAAACCUGUAAUCAACAUUCCAUUGUCUCCGUCUGGGGACCGCGGAGGAGGACUAAAGGGGUUGUUGCAUCCCUUUAAACAAUGAGCAAUCGUAAAUUCCAAAUAUUCGAAGGGGGGAAGGGCUCUAAUUUCUCACAGACAAAAAUAAGAAAGAAAAACGCGAUGCAUAAAUCAAAAAGGGUUCGUUCUAAUUAGAUUCUGGCUUUGAUUGUCUUGGAGUGAGGGGACAUGAGACAGAAAGAAAGAGAGAGAGAAAAGGAGAGGGAGAGCUACCUCGUGUGACUGAUUAGGGACACCCCUAUUUGGGUUUGAUGACCCUUGACGGGCAAACCAACCAACCAGCCAACCAUCCAUCCAUCCAUCCAUCCAUCCAUCGAAGGAUAGAUGGACUGGAUAGUAAGCUAAUCAAAAUUCCAACUCAAAGAGGAGCACAGAUCGUCAAGCUUGAUAUGGAAUUCUUUCGAGCCUUUUACGCUCAUGAUGUCGCCAUAUUUAUGUCAUCACUUGACUCAAUCUCUGAUGUUCAUCCAGCAACCAAUGAUCGUUGUCAAUGAGGGGGAUCCCGUAUAUAUGGGGUAAACCGAACGACGGUUACUUCCACGCUCUCUGACGAAAUUCCAAAGUGAUGCCCAAAAUAGAUUUCGUGGCCAAUUUGCCUUGACCGAACCAAAGCCAUUUAUUUCAUAUAACCUCAAGUCAAUAACUCAGAGUUUUUCCCAUAAUAUGCAAAUACGUUUACAUACGUAAUUAUCUAGCUGGUCAUGGGUACAAUUCGGCCCAUUACCUGCAUACCAAAGCGUUUGAUUGGAGUGUUAGCGCUCCGAUAUCCACCGCCACGCGUGACCGUCAACCAAGUUUGACGUCGUCGUUGUCGGUAGCGCCGAGUGUGAAGGGUCGUGCGGUCGUUGGUGAUCGGUGGUUGGUCCGCGGUCCGCGGUCGCUCUACUCAUCCAUCCAUCCAUCCAUUGAUCCAACCAUCGGUUCGCGGGGAUAGGAUUCUUUCUUGAGUACCGGGGUUUUGGAGGACGACAAUUGACGCUGGAAUUCCAGCUUCAGAGUGGUGGGUGAUCUUGGCUUUUGGGGCGUUAAAAUCCCACGUUCCCCUCCUCCUCCUCCUCCCCCCCCCUUUUCUGGACUGCUCUCCACCCGAAAAAACUCUUUCUCAUCUCAGUUGCUCAGAAAGAACUCGAGAAAUGGCAGACACAUCGACAGUCAGAGUGAUUUUCUCCUCGUUGCAAACACGAAAUGUGCUUUAUACUGUUAUACUUCUCGUGGCAUCGUUGGCCCCCGAAAUACAAGGGGCACCCGCUCGUUCGGAACAGCCCGAGCUCCCAAGGGAUGUUAUUACUACAUUGGACAAGAAUCACCCUGUUAUGAAUGUUGUGAACUCACUGUUAAACUCGCUACUCGAAGAGACACUCUACAAACGAAUGGAAAGCCUACUUUUGGAUCCCGGACGAAGUGCCCGGAACUCAGUGGACAAGCAAAAGAUUGUCGAAUCCGCCGUCGAGAACUAUCAACACCAAGAGAUGAAUAUUCCCGAGCUCCAGGCAAAUGAAGGCCAUCAAAACACAGAAUCCCUGAGACACUUCACAAAACUGGCCGGAUACUGGAUACGAGAGAGUCCGGAACCCGUGGCGAUGGCGUCUGCCAACGAUUUAUCGAACGAGGAGGAAGCCUCGAACCCCACGGAGGACGACUCCUAUGUAGAUUACAAGACUGAGGUGUACGUCAUCACGGAUUUAUUCACAUCGACCACCACGGAGCCGCCAUUAGGUGACUGAUGAUCCCUUAAUGUGGGCCCAACCAAGUUCCCCGGAGAGGUUCCAGCAGACCACUCGCACUCUCCAGGUUUUUGUCACUGUGAUAUCAAGAUAAAGUUUAAUAAUUUAUAGAUGAAACUGCUCAACUUCAGCCGUCGCUCGCAAUUCGCAAUACAUAUCUGUGUGCACAUCGUUGGUUUUUGGACGAACAUUUAUUUUUUAUUACACAACAUUUGAGGCGCAACGAGUAAAUAGAUAACAUUAAACAUU